GACUCGACAACGCAAGUUUGGCAACCCAAAUUACUCUUCUAAUUCAUAUCUUUAUUUCUCCUUAUUUUCAACCAAACCCAAAUUUCAUCAUCUUCUCUAUUUCACAUUUCUUCUCUUCACAAUCUUUUUAUUAGCCAAUUAUUCAAUAAAAAACGACAAAAAUGGGCGCCGAUAAAAUAAACCAGACGUUUUAUUUAUCGCAUGGUUCACCAACGCUUUCUAUCGACGAUUCGUUACCUGCUCGACACUUUUUACAGAAUUGGAAAGAAAAAAUAUUUGAUCAAAAACCAAAAUCUAUUCUCAUUAUUUCAGGUCACUGGGAAACAAAUGAACCAACUGUUAAUUCUGUUGAUGUUUCUGAUACAAUCUACGAUUUUUACGGCUUUCCUGCUCCCAUGUAUAAGCUCAAGUAUCCUGCUCCCGGGGCUCCAGAUUUAGCAAAGCGAGUGCAAGAGAUUUUGACAACCUCUGGAAUCAAGCGCGUGCACAUAGACAAGAAACGAGGGCUUGACCACGGUGCAUGGGUGCCUCUAAUGCUUAUGUACCCUGAGGCUAACAUUCCUGUUUGUCAGCUCUCUAUCCAAAUGAACAAGGACGCUACGUACCACUAUAACAUGGGCCGAGCAUUGGCUCCGCUUAAGGAGGAAGGUGUUCUCAUCAUUGGUUCUGGAAGCGCCACACAUAACUUGAGGGACCUCAGAUGGGGUGCUAAAGAUGAAGAAGUCGUUCCAUGGGCCGGCGAGUUUGAUAAAUGGCUUGAGGAUGCUUUGAUCAGUGGAAGGCAUGAAGAUGUGAAUAACUUCUUACAAAAAGCGCCUCAUGCAAGAAAGGCACAUCCAUCACCUGAUCAUUUCUACCCGUUGCAUGUAGCCUUGGGCGCUGCCGGGGAAACUACGAAGGCGGAGCUCAUACACCGCAGUUGGAGCCUCGGUACCUUAUCCUAUGCCUCCUACAAGUUUACCACCCCAAACUAAGUUUAAUCCUCAACUGUCACAUUUUAUUUUGACAUGUACUAUUAGUUUGCUCCUUGCUUCAUGUUUUUUUAAUUUAAUUUACGUGUCCAGUGUAAUCUUUCUUCCAAUGACCAGUACAGUUGUACAAUAAUUUGUAAGUAACACUUAUGUGAGCUAAAUGCUACGUAGUAUAAAAUUAAUUACUUCCUCCGUGGUUUAAUAA